AUGUUCUCACAGUGUACAAUCUCGGAGCAGAGUUUGUCGGCCGAGCAGGACUAUCAACACAUGUUUGCAAAUAAUUUGAAGAGAAAACUCGAAACCGACCAGAGAAAUGGCUUUACUACCUCGAUGGAUAACGAAUUGUGUACCCAAAGGCAGGACAAUUGUAUCACAAGCGAGGUAGGUUGCUUCGAUGCCAUUGAUUUGAGGCCGCUUUUGUCUUCUCAGAAAAUAUUUUCACAAGAAGUUGUUCCCCACCGCACGUACUUUGAUAGAGUUGAUUGAUCUUCACCUUCGACAUACAAUGUACGCUGUAAACUUCAGCACUAAAAAUAGGAAAUAAGUUAAAAGUUAAGCUAAUUUCAACCCCAAUACGUUGUAAAUAUUCAACUCUUUUGAUUUUUAUAUACAGAAAAGACCACGUUUGUCAGGACAUUUUACCAGUGAUCAAGUGGAAGCCGCACAACAGAUUUCCGGAAAUGUCGAGUUUAACUUAAAUUAUGACCAAACUAAAAACAGCUCUGUUGUUUAUCCCAGUGAAGCUCGAAAUGAAAACGUUAUGGGAACUGAUUCUUUGCUUCAAAGUAAUUUGGAAUGGAAAGCAUCAAGCGAACUCGAGGAAAUCUCAGGAAUGGAUGUUGAAUGUGGUCAAUGUCAAAUUGCAACUUGCCCGCCAAAUUUGAAUGUUGUGACAAACGCCAUGAGUAAUGAGAGCUUUAGCAGUGAUGAAAAUUCUCCAGCAAAAGGAUCACCUGCAAGAGAAUUUUUGCAAAGGUUAGUCUGCAAAGGCAUUAAUUUUCUUCUUUGUCAUUGAUGUGUAACAGGCCACAGAAAUACUCAUCCCCACCCUCCACCACAUUGAAAGAGACGUAAGCCUAUUUAUAGUAAAGAGAUAUCAUUUAGGGAAACAUUUUGUUGUUCAUCUUGUUAUGCAUCUCUAGUGUGAGGGCUUCCUUUUGUUCUUGACAUAUCACAAGGAUAGUUGGUCUAGUCUUGUAGUGUCCCUUAUGUCCGUCUUUCAACUCGAGACACAUAACCAGACACUGACUACAAAAUGUUUGCUCAAGUUCUUCCAGACAGAUCAUGGGACUUAAGUAUAAAAGUGGCCGUAUACACAUUAUCUGUUUGGACGGAUAAUGCACCCUCAAGUAUAAAAAUGGUCAUUCACCAUUGUAUAGCAAUGUAUACCCCUUCCCCUUAUAAACACGACUGUAUUUCGUGCUAACUUUUGCAGAUCUCCUUAUCGUAGGCUUGUGGCCAACACUAUGCCAUAAUAUUCUACACCUUAAAUUAACACCUAGUUACAGUGUAGCUCUUUUGGUACAGCUCAGAUUUUGCUGAGUGGCAUUGCCACUUCCACAAUGUUAUUGUAGUCACGUACCAGCAGCAAGUGCUUACUGCAAAUAAAGAUGUGAAAAGGAUAUGCAUUGCUGUCCUUCAAUCAAUAAAAUUUCAUUUCAUUCUUUAGUAAAAGGACAGAAAUUGUUUGUUUAUUACAAGUGGUUUCAUGAGUAUAAGAUCAUUCCAAACAUAAGAUGGAUAUUUGAUAACCUUGAGUCUGGAAAAAGAAAGUAUUGUUCUAGAAAAAAGUCUGGAAGAAGUCUUGUAUUUGGGAUCCAAAAAUCAGAGCUGUCGCUGCAGUUAGUAGGAGGGAAAUUGCACAGCUAGGAAGUUCUUUUGGUUCUAUUUUCCUUUUGUUUCCCAUAAGAGAAGCCAAGAGUAGUCACUCUCAUGUUAGCCGCGGAAAAUCCCCGGCCCUUGGCUUUUAGUUACAGCCCUGAAAAAUCUGUACAAACCACUAACCUUGCUUGAGCUGAGGGGCUAAGAGAGUGAAAACUGUUAAUAUGAUUAGUGCUUUGUGAUCCAAUGACAAAACCAUGAGGUGUCUAUUUUAUUACAGACACAGGCCUGAGUACCAGAUGCACUGUAUUCCAUCAUACUGCCAUCCAGGAGGGCUAUGGGAUGUCAUGUUAGAGGUUUAUCAUGGACUAUAGAUGAUUCUGGGUAGACACUGGCAUGAGUGACUUCUAAUGUGAAUAGAUUCAUGAAUAUACACCUGUAUAUUAGUUAUGGUCCAAGUUUGGUCUAUGGUCUUGUUCAGUAAUAAAAAUUAAUAAUAAUAUUUUGUAACGAAUUCGCAAUACAAUGAACAAUAUGCCC